AUGGCUAAAAUGCUACACUCAAAUAAAUCAGAAACCGUAAACGAAAAUCAUGAACAAGAAAAUGACCUGAAUUUGAAAAAUAUAAGUGAUCUUAACAAUAAGUAUUUUCUCGAGCUUAACUUGGAACAGCUUCUGAGCCCUGAGGAUAUUUCUGAAAUAAUCAGUAACACGGAGGUCGUAUUCGAACGUAGUUCAUGGUCAGGAAUUCUUAAGAGUUCUACUGAACAAAUUGCGAAUUUGGAAGUUAUGGAAUCUACAAUAUCAUAUCCUACCUUUGAAAUAAACAAUGUAGAAGCCAGUUUAGAUCAAAGCUUUACAAAUUCUCUCACGAUAAUACCCGAAGAAAACCUUUCUGAUCCCAAUUACGACGCCACUAUGGAAUGCAACAACGCUGACUCAGCUGUAGAAAGCAUAGUCGAACAUAAUUAUUCAGAUCAAGAACCGCAAGGGCAAGUAUCAGAAGAGGAUAGCGAUUUAGAUGAUCAACCUGCAAGUGAACAUAUAAAUAGAAAGCGUAAAGGGUACAAUAAAAGGACUAUUAAUAAAACACUAAGACUGACGGGGAAAAGCUACUUGGGAUUCACAAAGUACAAAAAUCAAAAAAAUUCUUUACAAAAUAAAAAACGUAAUGAAAGAAAAAUAAAAGAAAGAUAUAACUUUUCAAAUAAAAAGAAGGUGAAUGGUGUUACAAGAAAAGGUUUUCUAAUUUCAAACAUGGAUUGA